AGGGGGAAGUGAGGCUCGGUCAAGCAGCGGAAGCAGUGUUCGUGAUGACGGCGAACGGACAGAAAUGGGUUCUAGAUCGCGGACGGAACAAAAUGAGCUCGUAUUUAAUGCUGGUUCUGCUGCUGCUCGACAUUUACUCAUCGUGUGUGGAUGGGUAUCUGAGCUCUCCUCAUGUGGGUCAGGAUCCUCCAUAUUUAGCCCAGCAGAAGUCAGUGAUGAGCAGCCCGGUGGCUCUGACCGCAUCCUCAGCUUCUCCAGUGGUCACUGAUAAUUACGUGUCCAAGUGUCCGAGCGGAGACCUGUGCUCCAAACUACCCGCCGACUGCAUCAUCUGUGCUCUUCACCACAACUGCAGCUACGGCCGGCCGCACAACUACACCUGCAGACCCCGAGCCGGAGUUCACUGCGUGAGCGAUCAGGGCGAGCGGCAGCAGAACUUCACUCUCUCUCUCCUCUGCCGCUUCUGUUUUCAGCUGGAUGCGUCUCAGUAUCGCUGCUCCAACUCCAGCGACUGCAUGACAGUGUCGUGUCCGCGCAGACGAUACAACGCUAGCUGUGAAGUGCUGGAGCACGUGCACUGCCUCGGUAAGAGAGUGUUUCAGAAGCGUCUCUUCUGCAACUGGACUGGAGGAUAUAAGUGGUCAACAGCUCUGGCUCUCAGCAUCACUCUGGGUGGUUUUGGCGCGGACCGCUUCUACCUGGGUCAGUGGAGGGAGGGUCUGGGUAAACUCUUCAGUUUCGGGGGUCUGGGCAUCUGGACGCUGAUCGACGUGCUGCUGAUCGGCGUGGGGUACGUGGGUCCGGCUGACGGCUCGCUCUACAUCUGAGCGUUGGUGUUACCAUGACGACUGCAUCCCAGAUUUCAGAGUUCUGACAUUACCGUAACGACUACAUCUCAGAUUUCUAUGCGGUGUCGUUACCGUGACGACUACAUCCCAGAUUUUAGAGUUCUGACAUUACCGUGACGACUAAAUCUCAGAUUUCUGUGCGGUGUCGUUACUGUGACGACUACAUCCCAGAUUUUAGAGUUCUGACAUUACUCUGACGACUACAUCCCAGAUUUCUAUGCGGUGUCGUUACUGUGACGACUACAUCCCAGAUUUUAGAGUUCUGACAUUACUCUGACGACUACAUCCCAGAUUUCUAUGCGGUGUCGUUACCGUGACGACUACAUCCCAGAUUUUAGAGUUCUGACAUUACCGUGACGACUACAUCUCAGAUUUCUAUGCGGUGUCGUUACCGUGACGACUACAUCCCAGAUUUUAGAGUUCUGACAUUACCAUGACGACUGCAUCUCAGAUUUCUAUGCUGUGUCAUUACCGUGAUGACCACAUCCCAGAAUUCAGAGCGAUAUUAUUACCGUGAUGACCGCAUCCUAGAAUUCUGAGCACUGCCCUUACAGGUGACGACCACAUUCCAGAAUUCCAAGUGCUGCCGUUACUAUGACGACCGCAUCUUAGAUUUCUGAGUGCUGCCGUUACCGUGACGACUACGCGCUCUCAUUACCAUGAUGACUGCCUCCCAGAAUUCUGAGUGCUGUCGUUACCAUGACGACCGCAUCCCAGAAAUCUGAGCGCUACCAUUACUUUAACGACUGCAUCCUAGAAUUCAGAGCGCUAACGUUACCGGGAUGACCACAUCCCAGAUUUCCAUGCUCUGUCAUUACCGUGAUGACCGCAUCCCAGAAUUUUGAGUGCUGGCGAUACCGUGACAACCACAUCUCAGAUUUCUAUGCGCUGGCUUUACCAUGAUGACUACAUCCCAAAAUUCUGAGUGCUGGCGUUACCGUGACGACUGCAUCCCAGAUUUCCACACUCCCACUCGGGCAGAGCUCCAUCUGCUGUGAAUGAGGAUGCUGGAGGCACGUGCGCAGGCUGAUCACACUGAUUAAUAAUCCCUGUAUGAAUAUGUGUGUAUAUAUGAAUGUGUGUGUGUGUGUAAAUAUGAGAAUGACUCUCUGUGCUGAUGUUUUAUUUCACUGUUGAGUUCUGAAUAAACCGCUGUUAUGUUCAAGAUAA